AGCCGUUCAGUUCGGAAGCGAAGGUCGGAGUGGCUGGUCGGCUACCCGGGGCUGUGAGGAGCGACAGUUUUACGUUUUUACGCUUUGUUUAUUUAUUCAUUUAUUCAUUCAUUCUUAUGUUAAAGUCGAGUGAUGUGAUUUCUGAUUAGUGACUAUACUUUGAGAUUUCUGCAUCGAGAUAAUUUCCUGGCUUCACUCGCAUCCACUUCGGCCCAAGAUGUCUAGUGCACCAAAGGUUCACACAGCCAUUGCAGUGCUGUGCGUCGUUGCAGUGUCGGUAACGGCUGGCGGUGUCGAUAGUUUGCAGAGGGUAGGCGUCACAUCCCUGAGCCGUCUCUUGGCGUUGGCGAGCGACGUGGAGCCUCACUCCUGCUGGUGCGGGGAACCCUUUGUUUCCUGUCCCGUGUUCGUGCCCCAGGCGCCCCUUCACCAACUCUUAAACUUGACUUGUGAUCCUGACAAAGUCCACUGCUGCCUGGAGCGCAUCACGAACCUGGACGAAGACGGCAUUUUGCCCUUCAACGCCACGGGAGACAUCACGACAGUAGAGGAGUUCAGGGACUUCCUCAAGAGCGUUGUCGACCUUCUCAUGCCUCGUAACAGCGGGGUCGUAAAUGACUUACCUCCCGCAGAAGGUAGCUCCCAGCAAGAGUACCUCAGGAGUCUCUCUGUUUUGGAUUCCGCUGGGACUCACUUAGAAGCGUCACCCGGUAACCUUGAGGAAGAGCCUGGUGUUGAGAGCGGCAGACAGAAUUUCGGUUUCGGGCGUAGACAGGAACCCAAUGACGAGAUUAAUUCUAUCUAUUCGGACACUAAUACAGAGACUAUUUCUUUAACAGACCAGCAGGUAUACGAACAUGGAUAUCCUGAAGGGUCGUCAUCUAAUGAAAAGAAUGGUAAUGAUCCUCUGUUCCAUGCUAUAAAGGGUCUUACAAAAUUCCUUCUAAAUUCGGAGAAACAAACGAUCCUGGACCACGAAAGUGAAGAACACGGGAUUACGGCUGAGCACAACACAACGUUGAUAUCGGAUAAGGUUGACGUUCUGAAGUAUUCAAGGCUCGGGUGGUUCUCUCGUGCUGUCGAGUAUGCCAUAGACGGCUCCCUGUACAUUGGGGUUGCCUUGGCUGUCAUGUACUUCACGAGCAUGAUUCUCUCGGGCCUGAUAUCAACCGUCGGUUCCAUCUGCUUCAUGUGCGCCAUCCUAGACAGCACAGAGCUCGCAGCCAUCGCUUAGGCCCUAGAGAGCUCCCUCCCAAAGGGGUCCUGGCCCUCUGAGGAACUCCGCAGCUGUAUGUUCGUCAUGUGCAUCCAUGCUUUUAAGUGCCCUUGUUUUAGGUAUUUACUUUCAUAGAGUAUUGUUGUAUAAUUAAGUUUGUAUUUAUAUCUCAUAUUUAUAAUAUAUAAUAUGAAAGUUGU